AGUCAAUCGAUGGUUCUGAGCGAUCAAUACUAUCGCAAGAACGGAAGGCCACCACUGAAAGUUGUCUCCCGCAUUUUCCUCCAUAUUGGUUUUUGUGUGAAGAUGGCGUUGGCGGAUUUUAUAAUAUCGAACCCAAUUAACUAAUCGAAACUAAUUAAAAUAAAACUCGCAUUUAGGUCCAACGUAUAGUUAAGCACUGUGUCAUUAGACGACACAUUAUAAUGGCGGAAGUAAAGCAUCUGGAGGAUCCCCACAAAUCGGAGAACGACAGGAAAAUGUACAAAUCUCUUGUGCUGGGCAAUGGGUUACAAGUUUUGAUCGUUUCGGCACCAUCGGUUGGCAUUGGAUUUCCCAAUAACUCCUCCUGUGCCUUGAUGAUCGACCACGGUUCAUUCGCCGAUCCGUGCAACUAUCAGGGCCUGGCCCACCUUCUGCAACAUAUGGUAUUCAUGGGCAGCACGCCAGAUUCGGCGGAGAAUGUCUUCUUUGCGCAUGUGGAAAAAAACGGCGGCGAAUGCUCCUCAUCAAUCUUCAGCGAGGACACGCUUUUCUCGUUUACUGUACCCGAUGAACACUUGGAUUCGAGUUUAGAAUACUUAAUGUUCUCUCUGAAGCAUCCGUUGAUGCUGCAGGAGACUAUGGAACGUGCCCGCGCUCUCGUGGACUCUGAGUUUCAGCAGAAGGUGCAAAAAGAUGUAUUGCGUCGCAACCAGCUGCUCGCCAGUCUGGCUACCGAUGGCUAUCCGCAUGGCUCCUUUAACUGGGGUAACAUGAAAUCGCUUAAGGAUAAAGUCGAUGACAGUGCCCUGCACAGAGCCCUUCACGAUGCCUGGCGCGAUAACUAUGCGGCCAAUCGCAUGUACGUGUGCCUGCAGGGUAUCAUGCCUAUCGAUGUGCUAGAGAACAUGGUGGUACGCCACUUUUCCAAGCUACUCCGCAAUGACAUCAAAGCGCCCGACCUGACCAAGUUCGAUUACCGCAACGCCUUCCGUCCGGCGUUCCACGAGCAAGUCUUCCUCGUGAAGGCCGUGGAGAAAUGGCGCAAGUUUGAGCUAACCUGGGUGCUUCCUAACAUGCGUCAGUACUAUCACAGCAAUCCGGAUAAGUUACUCUCCUACCUGAUCGAGUACAAGGGAAACGGUAGUCUCUACGCCUACCUAGAGCGCCGCCACUGGGCCCACUAUCUCCAUGCUGGCAUAGACGAGACCGGCUUCAAUCUACACUCAAUGCACUCAUUUUUUAAAGUGGACAUUGGCCUCACCGACGAGGGAUUCCAGCACAUCGAUCAGGUUCUGUCCGCCACCUUUGCCUUUUUGAAGGUCUUCUCCAACUGUUCCAGUGGUUCCUUGCGUCAGUUGUACGAACAGCAGCAGAAGAGUAAGGUCGCAGAGUUUCGUCUCCCUGACCGUAUCGAUAAACACGAUGUCGAUGAACUGGUCUUCAAAAGCAAAUACUAUCCCCCCAAGGAUAUACUCACCGCCAGGGAGCUCUACUUCGACACCGACGAGCAGCACCUGUCCGUACUGAUCGGCCACCUGAACAGUUUUAAAUUCAAUCUAAUGAUUACCUCGCAAGAGCCGUGCGAGGGCAUGCCAUACGACAAGCGGGAGGAGUGGCUCGGCACCGAGUACACCACUUUACCGAUGCCAGCAAAGUGGAAGAAGCUGUGGAUCGAAUCAGAGCCCAUUGAUGAGCUCUUUCUACCCGUAGCCAAUCCCUUUGUGGCCCACGACUUCAAGAUGUUUUGGAAUGAGCAGGGCAAGCCCACGCUGCCACCUUACCCCAAGAGGUUGGUAAAGACAGACACCUGCGAGCUGUGGUUCCGACAGGAUGACAAAUUUGGGAAGCCGCAAGCCUACUUAUGCUUCUUUUUCAUCACGCCGCUGCUGAGUCAGAGUGCGAAGAAUGCUGCUAUGUGCGACUUGUACGUUUCAUUGGUGAAAGCGCACGUGCACAAGGAAAUGGUUCUCGCCAAAAAGGCAAAUCUCAGCUACUGCUUCAUGGUUUACGACAAUGGUUUGCGGCUAUUUGUGAAGGGCUACAAUGAAAAGCUCCAUCUGAUUGUGGAGGCCAUUGUCGAAGGUAUGGUCAGUGUGGGCGCCACCCUCUGUGAAUGUUUGCUCACCACCUACCUCGAGAUGCAGGGAGAAUCCUACUUAAAACUACUGAAAUGUCCAUCCCAGUUAGCAACGGACAUCCUCGCUCGUGUGCUUGGAGAAAAUCCAUGGGCCACAAUUGACCAGUACAAGUCCCUUAAAGACAUCACCAUGGAGGAUCUCAAGGUAUUUGCCCAGAAGUUACCACAAGAGAUGUACAUCAAGGCCCUCGUACAGGGAAACUACACGGAGGAGUCAGCCCACAAGGUGCUCAAUUCGGUACUCAGCCGGUUGAAAUGCGAGCCCAUUAAAGAUCAUCGGCUCGUAGAGAAUCGCAUCGUAAAGCUUCCGCAGCACCGCCCAGUCUUCUGCUACGACACCGCCUGCCUGCACACUACAACCACUACUAUCACGAACUUCUACCAAAUCGGAGCAAACUCUUUACGCGUGGAGGCCAUACUCGACCUCUUGAAUACGUUGUUCAAUAGCCCGGACUUGUAUCUCAAGAAACUCGGCGAAGAGAUUAAUGGCUGGGUCCACGUCAAAAACGGCAUUGUCGGCUAUACCCUUACGGUAAACUUGAAAGAGACUUUUGAAGAGGACCGCGCCAAACAAAUGCAGAACGAGAUUGAGGUAUUUCGCUGUAAGGUUUGUAUGAUUCCCAUGCAAAUGGAGGCCAAAUGCUUUGCAUCCUGGGUAGACGACCUUCUCCAUUGGGGACUUGCCCCUGCACUUACUCUGUUGGAUGAGGUGGCAGAGAAUUUUCGCGAGAUCAUCGGCGGGGACUAUAUAUUCGGUCGUAGACAGAAAAAGGCCGAUGUGUUGCGCACUCUAACCAAAUCGGAUGUCAUUCGCUUCCUAUUCGAUACCGAUUGGCGCGAACUGUCUAUUCAUGUCAUAGGACACCAACCGUCAGAUACAGUAGACGAAGAGGAAGACGACGUCGAAGACGAAGGGGAGGACGAAGGGGAGGACGAAGACGAAUACGAAUACGAAGAGGAGGACGAUGUCAAAGAGGAAGGGGAGGACGAAUACGAAUACGAAGAGGAGGACGAUGUCGAAGAGGAAGACGAUGUCGAAUACGAAGUGGAAUACGAACACGAAUUAGAAGUCAUGAACAGUGCCAUUGCCGAAUUCAGAAGUGGUCUCGAGAUUUACCCCAAGCGCUCUGUAGAACCAUGUGCUGAAGGAAACUAGACGUACCGCAGCCGUCGCUGUAUAAGUAUUCAUUUUAGAAGUAUAUUCCCAUACAUUUAUCAUUAACUUCACAUAUGGAUAUAGAUGAAUUUCUAAGUUUAGUUCAAUAUUAAUAUUACAAGAAAAUUACAAGAAUAUAAUCAUCAUCUUCACAUAUAGAUAUAGACUUGCGAAAUGUCGUAUCUGUCUGAUCGUCUUACAAAUCUUACAUAGAUGUGUUUCCCGUCGACAAGAUCCUGAAAUCAGGGAAGCUGACAGCUGCAAACGGCGGUGACCAGUAAGUGUGGGUUAGUCUGCUGAGCUCUGACAACAUGUUCCUUUAAAUGUAAUAUGUAAUUUUGAUCAACUAAAUGUAUAAUAAA